AUGGGUCUUGAGCUGCCGGCACCUUGGCUGCUGCUUGUCACCUGGCUCCCGGCAGGGUGCCUGUCCUUGCUGGUGACCGUCCAGCACACCGAGCGCUAUGUCACCCUGUUUGCCUCGGUCAUCCUCAAAUGUGACUACACCACCUCUGCCCAGCUCCAGGACGUGGUGGUGACGUGGCGCUUCAAGUCUUUUUGCAAGGACCCCAUCUUUGACUACUAUUCUGCAUCAUACCAGGCUGCUUUAUCCUUGGGCCAGGACCCGUCCAAUGACUGUAAUGACAACCAGCGAGAGGUCCGAAUUGUGGCUCAGCGGCGGGGACAGAAUGAGCCCGUACUGGGGGUGGAUUACCGGCAGCGCAAAAUCACCAUCCAGAACCGAGCAGAUCUUGUGAUUAAUGAAGUGAUGUGGUGGGACCAUGGAGUGUAUUAUUGCACCAUUGAGGCACCAGGGGACACGUCAGGUGACCCAGAUAAAGAAGUGAAGCUCAUUGUCCUGCACUGGCUGACAGUGAUCUUCAUCAUUCUGGGAGGCCUCCUCCUCCUGCUGCUGAUCGGACUGUGCUGGUGCCAGUGCUGUCCUCAGUAUUGCUGUUGCCACAUCCGCUGUCCCUGCUGUCCUAAUCGCUGCUGCUGUCCAGAGGAAGCCCUGGCCCGCCACCGCUACAUGAAGCAGGCUCGGGCCCUAAUCCCUCAGAUGAUGGAAAAACCCCUGUACUGGGGGGCGGACAGGAGCUCCCAGGUUUCAUCUUACCCAAUGAACCCGCUGCUGCAGCGAGAUUUGUCCCUGCGAUCCAGUCUCCCACAGAUGCCAAUGACCCAGACUGCUGUUCCCCCUCCCAUUGCCAAUGGUGUUCUAGAGUAUUUGGAGAAGGAGCUACGAAAUCUCAACCCUGCUCAGCCUCUGCCCCUUGACCUUAAAGCCAGAUCUGGGCACUUCCACAGCAAGCUGUCCUCCCUGAGCUCCGAGGUCAUGGAACGCAGAAUCAUCCACUUGCCUCCGCUGGUCAGGGACCUGCCGUCUUCACAGAGGACUAGUGACUCCUCGCACCAGCAAUGGCCCCCCCACAUCCCUUCUGGACCUUGGGAUCUGAGGGAGGGGAGAAGGCAGCACCGCUACUCAGAUUUCCACCAGGAGCUUCAAGACCCUUGGCCCAAGGUCUGGGUGCUAGAGCAGAGGGAACUGGACCACUGGAGGCAGGGCAGGCACCGUGGCUCCAGGCUGCAGGGCUCCCCCACACCCUGGUCAGACAGGGACAGCCUCAGCGAUGGCCCCUCAUCCAGUGAGGCACGUUGGCGGUCCAGCCGCCCCCCUCCCAGAGGCCACUAUACUGAGAGGCCUCGCAGGCCCAGCCCCCGGGAGAGUGCCCAGAGGCACAGGAAACGCAGGCACCGCAGCUACUCUCCUCCUCUGCCCUCUGGACUCAGUUCCUGGAGCUCUGAGGAGGAGAAGGAGACCCCAAGGAGCAGGGGAACCCACCGCAGACGUUCACACUCCCCAAACUGGCCUGAGGAGAAACCACCCAGCUACCGCUCACUGGAUGUCAUUCCAGGAAAGAAUGGCAGGAAAAAAGGGAGUGUGGAGAGGCGCUCGGAGAGAGAAAGCUCCCAUAGUGGAAGGAGUGUGGUCAUUUAGUCCCUGGACAAAGCAC